AUGACGUCGUUAACAAGCCAUGUUUAUGUGGAUCAGCGAGAUAAUGCUGAUAUUCUUGAUCUUACUCGUAAUAAAUUCAAGAAUCUGGACUUCUUGUCAGAAUUCCCUAACCUUACCUCUUUGAUCUUGGACCGUAAUGAGCUGGAUUCAGAAACUAUACUUCCACAUCUGCCAAAUCUCCAGCUUCUUUGGCUGAAUUAUAAUAAGGUAGAUGAAUUAUUCCCAUUCAUACGAAAUCUACAGAGAAGCUGCCCUAAUCUGAAAUUUCUUAGUAUGAUGGGAAAUCCUGCUGCUCCAAGUUACUUGAAUGGUGGAACAGUGUAUGAACAUCUUCAGUACAGAUUGUUUGUAAUAUCCUGGUUUCCUCACCUGGUUCACAUGGAUGAUCGAUACGUGACGAUUCAUGAAAAGAAGGAGGCGAACAGAUUAUUCUGUCGACCCUUUUUGGAACGUUUAGCAAUGCGUGGUGGAGUAUUCGAUACUAUCAGUUCAGUACUGCUGGCUAUAGAGAGGUACUUCCAUAGAGGCCACAACCGCAGCACUGUUAUUUGAAGUGUGUAUACCAGUAAGUGGAAACUGAAGAUGAUAACAAGUUUUAUUUCACUUAGGGAAAACAUGAUUUGUGAUCCCUCGGUGCUUGUUUGGAGUCCAUUUUCUUUUUAAUGCUAUGCACAAGGCUGUAAAUAAUGAUUCAUUUCUGCAACAAAAGGAAUCUCAGUUGGUGUUUACUAUACUGACCUUAUGUCUACAAAAAAAAAGGAAAAAAAAAAAAAAAAAAAAAAAGACUAUCCGUAAAAUCAAAUGACUGGAUAAAGAAUACAGUUGUUGCUCAAACUGACAGACAUUAGCAGCAGUUCACAUGAUAUUCCUUUAUCUCCAAAUCUGAAUAUAUCUCAUGACUUCUUCUUUGCACGUCUAGUUUUCAUCCCCAAAUGUUACCAAUAAACCGUAUGGAUAAAAAACUUUUGCUAAAAAAUUUUCCAGCAGUUUGAAGUGAAGUGUGUGUUUCACUGUUAUCAUUCUGUGAAAAGAUUUGUUGUUACUGUUGUUGCACAGUGUAUUGUUGUUGCUCAAGUAAUUAUGUUAUAAGAGGAGGCAAUGAACUUUUUAAAUUUUUUUACUGAAAUCUGUGUACACAGGCUUUUGAAAACAUUUUUUAAUAAAAGGAAGAAAUUAAAGAUUAA